AAGGGGGGAGGGACUGUUGUUGCGUGCAGCACUGCUGUCAUUUGGCUGCUGCACGGCUCAGCGGCAAGACGGCCUGGUGAAGGGAGGAGAGAAAACGAGGGAGUGAGAGAAAGAGGAGAGAGAAAAGGAGAACCAGGGCGGCAGCUGCUGCAGCCUGACAGGAAGGAACAGGAAAAAAUAAAGGGUGCACGGAAUUAGCAUUUUCUUCCCGUGCAAGAGAGAAAGAGCCGCACAUUCGUCCUCUCCUCCAUGCUCUCACUCUUCUCUCAUCCGGCCCUAAAUGCUCUCCGGUAGAGGAAGACGCUUGGGGGUCGAAUAAAAGACAGGCAGAACAAGGGGGACGUCAAGGGAAGGUGCAGGCAUGGCUGCCAAGAGGGGCAAGUCCGGCGUGCCACAAAGCGUGCCACGGAGCGAGCUGAAGGUGUACCGUGUGGGCAGCACGGAGGGGCGCAUCCCGGUGCCAUCCAACCUUCGCAAACAGAGGUCCCUGACCAACCUGGCCGUGCUGACAGACGCCGAGAAGAAGAUGCAACUCUAUGAGCCCAAAUGGUGCGACGACAUGAGCAAAGCUGCCUCGGGACACCUGAAGAUGGGCAAGCCCAAACCGGCGGCCGGCGGAGGGGCGGGGGGCUCCCAACUCUCUCGAAACCUGUCCAAAUCUGACCACUCCCUCUUCCAGGGCAAACCCAAGAUGUUCACCCUGCUCGCGGCACCUGGCGCCUUGGGAAAAGGCCAAAGUCGGAUCCCUCGAGGCCCUUACGCGGAAGUAAAACCUUUGAGCAAGACGUCCGAUGACUGCAAGUCCGACGACGAUAUCCUGUCCAGCAAAGCCAAAGCCAGCGGGAAGAAACCGGCGGCUGGGAGCUCCAGAGACCCAGAGGCUAAAGGUCAAGGUGAGGAAGGUGGCGAUAAACCCUUCCUCAAGGUGGACCCAGAGCUGGUGGUCACCGUUCUUGGUGACCUGGAGCAGUUGCUCUUCAGUCAGAUACUCGAUCCCGAGUCUCAAAGGAAACGGACGGUUCAGAAUGUCCUGGAUCUCAGACAGAACCUGGAGGAAACCAUGUCCAGCCUGCGAGGGACUCAGCUCAGCCAGAGUUGUCUGGACAGCAGCGUCUGCUACGACAGCGAUGAAACCAACGCUCGUAGCAUCUCCAGCCUCUCCAACCGCUCCUCUCCUCUCUCCUGGCGCCACGGACAGUCCAGUCCUCGUCUGCAAGCCGGCGACGCUCCUUCCUCAACGGGCAGCAGCUAUGUGUCGGGCAGCAAGGCCUCGUCUCAGUACACCUCUCACACCAUGCCUGCCCGCUGCUCCAGCCGCCUCAGCCACACGUCACGCAGCGAGUUCAUCGAAGCCCUAGACGCCGGAGACAGCGACCUCAAGUCUGGUUACCUGAGUGAUACUGAUGUACUUUGCAAGAGCCUUAAUGACGAUGACGACGAUGACGACAAUCUGGCCAAUGGUUGGGACGAGAGCAGCUCCAUCAGCAGCGGUUUGAGUGAUGGUUCAGAGGAACUCAAUGCCAGCUCGUCUCUCAACUCCCUGCCCAGCACACCUGUCGGCUCGCGACGCAUUUCCUCCGUCAUGUUGCGGACGGAUGCAGAGAAGCGCUCUCUGGUGGAGAGUGGGCUGGCGUGGUACAGCGAGGACAGCAAGUCCUUACGGACAGCUGAUGGAGUUUAUGACACAGGCAGCCUAAAAUCAGAGCCUUCCAGCAAGUGGAGGAAAACUCGGCUGCCGGAUGGUUUUGCGCAGGACAAGACAGGGAAAGGAGAACUGAAGAAACCUCAGAGUCUAGGACAACCUGGGAGCUUCAAAAAGGGCCGCAAUCCUCCUGUGGGCGUCACCUCUCCUAUCACACACACUUCACAAAGUGUGCUAAAAGUUGCAGUUUCUAAAGGAGACACUAAGGCAGUUGACAAGGUGAAAAUGUCCGUCAAGGCAUCGAGUCUCCAGCGUUCCCGCUCCGACGCGGGCCGGGACAACGAGCAACGCAAGCCUCCCUCAGGUCUGGUCAAACCCUCCGCCGGAGCCUCCUUCGGUUACAAGAAACCUCCGACCACCGGAACCGGCACCGUCCUGACAGCAGGAGGCGCCACUAUCACCAGCGGCUCGGCCACUGUGGGCAAGACCCCCAAGUCCUCGGGCAUCCCCAUCAAACCCGUCCCAGGCGGAGGUGGACGCAAAAACAGCCUGGACGCCAGCGGCUCCGAACAGGGUUUCCUGGCGCCCAACGCUCGCGGGAGCAUUCAGUAUCGCAGUCUGCCGCGGCCUGCCAAAUCCAGCACUAUGAGCUUGACCGGACGCCCUUCCUCUCGCCCUGUUAGCGGCAGCAUCGACGUCUGUCUCCUCACCCUCAAACCCGUACCGCCUCUGUCCAACACCAUGCCCACCAGAGGAAGAGAUGGAGGCGGCUUGAAAGCGGCUAGUCGCCCGAGCACCACCGGACCCGUCAACCAAACGGACCGAGAGAAGGAGAAGGAGAGGGCCAAGGCCAAAGCCGACCUGGAGAUCAGCUGUCUGAAGGCCGAGAACCAGAGCGACAGCUGUGCAGAGACUGUGGAGAAGAUCCACCGAGUGCGGAGGACGAGCACGAGUAAAUACCCAGAACUGUGCUCUCCGACCAGCAUGCCAAGAUUGUUGAGCAGUAAGUCUCUAGUUCAUCCUCCCAGCCUGGCUCACCUAGACAAGCUCAACUCCAACAGUCUGGACUCCUGUAUCACCAUCCAUGACCUUCCUCCAAAGAUCCCUCCCUACUCCAAGCUGCAGGACCUGGCGUGCUCCCGCGUGUCCCCUCGACUCACCCCGAGCCCCGCGCCGGUGCUCCACAUCGACUCUCCCAGCUGUUUCUCAGGCCAGGCGCUGUCGGUCAGCAGCUCCCCCAUCCUCUACCCCAAGAUGUCCGGCCUGCACCGCAGCAUGGAGUCGCUGCCGCUUCACAUGAGCGUCCCCACCAAACCGGAUCUGGGAGAGCGGGACGAAGCCAGGAGUACUGGGACGUGGGGCGCAGGCAGCCGGACGUCCAUCACUUUGGGCAACAGUUUACAAACUGAUAGGAACACCUUUCCCAAGAAAGGAUUAAGUCGCUAUGGCAGCGGCCAAUCAGAGGGAGAAGUGAGGGAACGUCGUCAUUCCCACACGAUCACAAGCAUGACGGAUUCGGAGAGCCCACCGCAGCUGCCCUCGCCGACACACGUGACGCAGCCCUUCCUGGGAAAAACACCGCCGACCAACGUGGUGGCACCAAUCCCGAGUUCAGGCUCCGGUUCCCAGAUCACACGCUCCAACAGCAUCCCGGCGAAUGACAUGGGCUACGAGCUGUACGGCACAUCUCCUCUGGGCAGCUCUCUGUCUCUGGCCGACCGACCAAAGAGCAUGAUGAGAUCCGGAUCCUUCAGAGAGCCGAGUGAAGACGUUCAUGGAUCUGUGCUGUCUCUGGCCUCAAAUGCCUCAUCCAACUAUUCGUCGACUGAAGAGAGAAUGCAAGGAGAGCAAAUCCGGAUACUGAGGCGUGAGCUGGAGUCAUCUCACGAUAAAGUGACCAGUCUGACCAACCAACUCUCAGCAAAUGCUAACCUGGUGGCGGCGUUUGAGCAGAGUCUGGCCCUCAUGACGGCGCGCCUGCAGAGUCUGUCAGUCACUUCUGAGCAGAAGGAUUCUGAGCUGCUGGACAUGAGGGAAACCAUAGAAGUCCUAAAGGUCAAGAACACAGAAGCCCAGUCCAUCAUUCAAGGGGCCCUCAAUGUCCCCGAAACCACACCCAGAGAGCUGCAGAUCGACCGGCAGAACUCGUCAGAGAGCAUCUCCAGUCUGAACAGCAUCACCAGUCACUCCAGCGCCGGCAGCCUGAAGGAACAGGAGGCCAAGAAGAAGAAGAAGAAGAGCUGGGUCUAUGAGCUGAGGAGCUCCUUCAACAAGGCCUUCAGUAAAAAGGGAUCCAAAGCACCAUACGCAGAUAUAGAGGAGAUCGCAACGCCGGUCACAUCCGCCCCAUCUUCACCCAAAAUCCAACAUCAUGUGGAUAACGCCUCCGCAAAGGCCUCGACUUCAACAUCGGGAUCGUGCGAGGGCCGUGAGGACACUGAGCACGAAGAGAAAGGGGUGUCAGAGUUACGCUCGGAACUGUGGGAGAAAGAGCGCAAGCUGACGGACAUCCGUUUGGAGGCGCUGAGCUCCGCCCAUCAGCUGGAGCAGCUGCAGGAGGCCAUGACCAACAUGCAGAUGACGGUGGAAAACCUGAAGGCGGAGAAUGACCAGCUGAAGACGAGCGGCCCCUCCUCCAGACCGCCGAGCUCCACCUCCCAGUCCUCUGGGCUCGGUUCAUUGGGCGUCUCAUCACCACGGCAAUCGGUGUCAUCUUUCAGCAAAACCGGCAUGGGACAAAAUGAGCCUUACCCAGAUGUCUUUCAAAGCCCCACCACGACAUUGCAGAAGGACGAAAGUCUCGUCAGAGUGUUGGUUCGCAUACCCAAUCAGCACCUAUUCAAAGACGAGGUGAAACAGCUGGAGUUUUUCAUUGGUACGGUUAAAAUCAGCGGACGGACCGAGUGGUUUUCUCUGGACUCUGUAGUUAUCCAGGCUUUUAAAGAGUAUUUAGCGGUGUUGGAGCCCGGCUCCAGUCUCGGUCUCUCUCAGGACUCCAUCUACAGCUACAGCUUAAGCCAUGUGAAGAGGGUUCUGGGAGCGCAGCCGCCCGAGACGCCUCCUGUGCGCCUCUACAGCAAAGGCUCCUCCUGCAUCAGCGUGACACUGAAAGGACUGAAGGAGAAGUGUGUGGACGUUCUGGUGUUUGAGUCGCUCAUCCCCAAGCCCAUGAUGCAGCAUUACAUCAGUCUGCUGCUCAAGCACCGGCGCUUGAUCUUAUCGGGCCCCAGCGGCACAGGGAAGACCUACCUCACCAACCGCCUCGCCGAGUACCUGGUGGAGCGCAGCGCUCGAGAGGUUACACCCGCCAUCACCACCACCUUCAACAUGCACCGCCAGUCCUGCAAGGACCUCCAGCUCUAUCUGGCCAAUCUGGCCAAUCAGAUCGAUCGGGAGAGCAGCACAGCUGAGAUCCCGUUGGUUGUCAUCUUGGAUGAUGUGCAUGAUGCAACAUCCCUCAGUGAACUUGUUAAUGGUGCUUUAACCUGCAAAUAUCAUAAAUGUCCAUAUAUAAUAGGGACAACCAAUCAGCCAGUGAAGAUGACCCCUAACCAUGACCUACACCUCAGCUUCAGGAUGGUGAUGUUUUCCAAUAACGUCGAACCAGCAAACGGAUUCCUGGUACGUUACCUGCACAGAAAGCUAAUGGAGGCUGAAGAUCCCAGGAGUGUGAAGAAUGAAGAUCUGCUGCGGGUGCUGGACUGGGUGCCCGGACUCUGGUACCACCUUCACACCUUCCUGGAGAAACACAGCACCUCUGAUUUCCUCAUUGGUCCCUGCUUCUUCUUGUCCUGUCCAGUAACUGUAGAGGAAUUCCGCACGUGGUUUAUCGAUCUUUGGAAUCACUCAAUCAUCCCGUACCUGCAGGAAGGAGCCAAAGAUGGCCUUAAGGUUCACGGGCAGAAGUCGGUGUGGGAGGAUCCGGUGGAGUGGGUCAGAGGAUCUCUGCCCUGGCCGUCUGCUCAGCAAGACCAGGCCAAACUCUUCCACCUGCCUCCCCCGAGCACAGGCCCCUGCAGCCCCAGCCAGCCAGGAGACGAUCGGCCACAUAAAGAGACGCCGCCCAGCUCCAUCGAGUCAGAUCCACUGAUGGCUAUGCUGUUAAAACUACAAGAGGCUGCCAAUUACAUCGAGUCACCAGAGAAAGAAACCGAUCCAAAACUCCCUCCUCUCUGAACAUCUCCAUCUCUCCUGCCGCCCAUGUCCAGGUCCAAACUCCGUCACCUGCAGAUGACACUGUACUGUUACUAUAAAUGCUGUUAGUGCAUUUCACCCACUCUUUUAUUAUAAUAUUCAUCCCACCUUGUUUAUUUCAGUGGAAUGUCCCUUACAGAAAAGUACUGUGGUAAUACCG